AGGAGGCGCUGGUGUUUUCAUAUGGGACAGUUGGCCUACAUACACUUCCACUGCAUUUGGGCAGUGACAGCGAGUACGAGGUGGACCCCAACCGACAGAAGACCCACUCCUUCGUCAACCACUACAUCAGCGACCCCACCUACUACAACUCUUGGCGCCGCCAGCAGAAGGGUAUAUCCCGGGCGCAGGCCUACAGCUACACCGAGUCUGAGUCGGGUGACCCGGACCACUGCGCCCCGCCCCCGCUGCCUCCUCUACCUCCGCUGCCACCCCAGCUCAGUUCACCUAGCCCCCAGCCUCAGCAGGCCCAGGGUCAGCCCCAGGGCCAGCCCCAGGGUCAGCCCCAUGGUCAGCCACAGGGCCAGCCCCAGUGCCAGCCCCAGGGCCAAGGCAGUCUGUUUAGGCCAAAAGGUAGCCGGACUCCCACCCCCUCCCAGCAGAGCUCCAACCCCCCCAGCCAGCACAGCACCCUCUACAGGCCCCCGAGCAGUCUAGCACCAGGAUCGCGGGCCCCAAUUGCUGGCUUCUCCUCCUUUGUGUAAAAAAAAUCCUGAAAAGGACUAGAAAAUUUCUGGAAAUAUCAACCCAACUCGUGUUGAAGGAGAACAUUGCAUUGCCUAAUGCGCGGUCAACCCAAUCAAGUCCUUGUUUUUCAUUGCUUUUCUUUUUGAUAUGUAAUUUUUUUCUUAUUCAGCCUGGAUCAACACUAUGAGACCUUGACCUUUAGCACUUUUUUUGUCUAAUGAGUGUAUGUGUGCUAAUGUAGACUUCGAAUUCUUUCACUGGUUGAUAAAAUACUCGCGACAACUAAUUCACUUUUAUUUUGCUAGUUGAACUAUUUGCAUGACUUUUUCUUACAUUUAUUUCCUACUCUUUUGUUACUUUUGUUGGAGCACAUUCAAAUGGUCAUGUCUCUGAUUAUGUACAAAGCCACAAGAAUCUCUGAACACACAUGCAUAUAAAUAUACAUAUAUAUAGUAGAUGUACCUAGAAGACAAAAUCAUGCCGAUGCUGAGUAUGCAUUGAAGGAGACUGAUGAUGAAGAUGGAGCCAUGUUUGUAGAAACGAAAGGACAAACGUUUAUUUGGAUGGCCUGGAUGUAAAAACUAAAAAAAGAGGAAGAAUUAAAGGGCGGACGUGGAUGUGGAAUUAAUGCCAAAUCAAACAUAUUUUAACGUGUUGGCUGGAAGAGUUUAAAGUGGACAUUGGAGGUGCAUUCUCCAUGGAAACGGCUCUCUGGCCUUUAGCACACAUACAUAGAAAAGUAGGACAUCAUUAGGCCACGGCGGGUCAAAUGUGACUGUGCUGUGCCUGAAGGAUCCUGUGGAUAUAUGAAGUGAGUGUAUAUCUGUUGAAGUGAUUUAGUCUUUUAAGUCUUUUUUGUGAGUGUAUUACAGUGAAUCAAAGAUGCCUUGAUAGAGAAAUACUUAUUUAUGAUAUCUGGCACCUGAAAAUGCUCACGGUGCCCCUGACUGUGGCAUCGUAAUGGCUGGCCUCGCGCUACUAGAGCCAUCUUUUAAUCCUGACAGAUGUGGGCCGUGAAUUCAUUUGCAUACACAACCCAUAACUUUUUCUUUCCACCCUUUGCUGGCUCUCGUAUACAGUACACACACACACACACACA